AUGCCGGGUCUCACGAGCUUCCCUGCUUUCCCAGACGACGUGCCAACCCAUCCUCUGCUCGUCGUUGACUACGAGCUCAUUAAGACAGGCGACCAGGAUGAGAUUGACAAGCUCUGGGAUGCUGCUACACAUCUCGGCUUCUGGUAUCUGAAAAAUCACGGAGCAGACUUGGAGGUAGCUGAGAUGUUCGAGAUGGGCGCGGAGACAAUGGCGCUGCCUUUGGAGGAAAAGAUGAAGUACGAGCAGGGUGACAGUGGCAUGUCCUGCGGAUACAAAGCAGCUGGGGCCAACGCAACUGAUGAGACCGGCGCGUUGGAUACGCCAGAAUUCAUCAAUAUCUCUAAGGACGAUGCACUUGCCUGGCCGAAGCAGGCGCACAGGGAUUAUCCGUCCACGGUCAACGCUCGCAUGGAGUCAACUAUCAUACCAUUCGUUCAUAAAUCGCUCGAAGUCAACAAUACAUUGCUCGCAGUCUUGAAUGCGAAAUUGGGACUGCCAGAGGGUGCUCUUGCGAAACGACAUACGCAAACAGAGUACAGUGGGAGCGAAGCGCGCUGUAUCAAGACUCCUCCGAUGCCUCCAGGCACACCUCAAGACAGGGCUGCACUUGGAGCGCACACGGACUUCGGCUCUUUGUCGUUCUUGCACAACAGAUUGGGUGGUUUGCAAGUGAUGGUUCCAGGGACGCAGACGUGGCAAUACGUGAAGCCUAUUCCCGGACAUGCGAUCUGCAACCUCGGCGAUGCGAUGUCCAUUCUCAGUGGUGGCAUCUUGAAAUCCAACAUGCAUCGUGUUGUCUCGCCGCCCAAGGAGCAAGGCAAAUAUACGCGAUGGUCACUUGUCUUCUUCACCAGACCAGGGGACUCGGUCGAGCUUCGAGCACUUGUAGAUGAAAGCCCUAUCAUAGCUCAAGCAGUGGCCGAAGACCCCGAGAAAAACUACAACACCGGGGUGACAAUGAAGGAUUGGUUUGCGAGGAGGAUUAAGAACCAGCGUAUCAAGAAUCGGACGGGUCCGGAGACAUGGCGGGCUAGCAGGGGUAUGGAGCAUCAGCCCUCAGCAAUUUGA